AUGUCCAGCUCCGGCAAAGGAUACUCCUACACCAGCUCCGGCACCAACAGCCAGGGCAACCACUACUGCUCCCGGGACUACGGUUCCAGCGCGUCCAACUCCAACAGCUACCACUACUCGAACAGCAACGGCUCCUACUACUACUCCAACCCCAACGGCAGCACCUACUACAACAACGGCAAUGGAGGAUCUACUUAUACUCCGGCUGGAAAGAAAUGA